AUGGCCCAUCCAGAGACAUCCCAUCCCGUCGAAGCCACCGCGGACGCCCGCACCCUCCAGGUGAAGUUCGACUGGCUAAGGAACCGCGGCUUCAUCAUCAACGCCAACAGCCCAGACUCCGACCCCAUCUACACCAUGCAUUACAACAUCCUCAAGUCGCGUCUCACAUUCAAAUCCGCGGUUGACGAGUCCCCCGUCGGGACGGGUAAACUCCACCCGGUCAGCAUCAACGCCGACGUGGAGGUGCACGGCCGAACAGGGACGAUGACGGCUGUCAAACGGCUCCAGCCUGUCUACACAUAUACCUCUUAUUUCUUUUCCGACGACGGGUCGCCGAAGACCAUGACGUGGACCAGUGGGUCGCUUUUCAAGUCCUUCGAUUAUGUGUGUCUGGACGAGAAUAUGCUUCCGGUCGCCAAGUUCACCUCCAAGACUCUGGCUUGGAAGAACAUGGGGAAGAUUGAGUUUCUCGGGCCCAAGGCCAAUGAUGAUGCUUUCAGAGAUGAGAUUGUUGUGACCGGCAUGACGCUCUUCUGGUGUAUUAUACAGCGGAGCGGCAAUAUCUUCAAUCUUGUGGGCGCGGCGAUCCAUCGGCCUGGUAAGCAGAAGCAGGGAGACAAUAAUGUUCAACAAGGUGCUUGA